GAGAGCCGCCGCGUGCUAUCGGCGGACGUCCUAUAAAAGCGGCGUGGAGACUCGAGACGGCAGAGCUUUAACCAGUCGUCGACGGAAGCAGACUGCCCGCAGCGCAGCUCCGCAGAGCCAGCUUGGUGUGUUGUUGGUGGAUUCAGUGAGAAGAAGAACCAGUCAUGGUGUCCAGGAUGGUGCUCGUUGCGGCGGCAGCUGCCCUAGUGUGUCUGGCCUCUCAGGUGGAGGCGGCCCCGAGGGACGCCAAGUUCUUCCUGUUCGACUUCGAGAAGAAGGAUAAAGAGACGGGUAACGGAGUGGACUGCGGGCCCGCCUCCGCCGUACCCGGAGACGCCGGAUGCGUAGCUACCAACGCUUACUGCAAGUACUUCGGCGGCACCAGAUGGGAAUGCGUAGCCAAGAAGGCCAAUGGCAAGAAGUGUGACAGGCCAGCCAUGUGCGAGUCUGGAAAGUGCCCUUCGAUCUGCUACAUCUUCGACAGCGACAAGUGCAUCCAGAAGUGCGAGGCCUAGUUCCAUCUGUCUCGACUCUUCGCGGAAAACAUCAUUUACAUUCCAGUCAUGACCUGACCCGAGGUCAAGUCACUGAUCACGGGUCAUAGGUCAUGCUCGCUGGGCUCAUUGACCGGCGAGCUAUCCCUGAGUGUGAUCUGUCAGGGUCACGUUCUAGAGCAAUUCAUACCAGGGCUUCCAUCACGCGGCCAGAAUGUGAAGUUCUGGAGCCAACUCACUCUUUGUUGUUGUUGAUUGUGAAAUAUAUGUGCUAUACAGAGAGAAA